AUGAUCAAACAGGUAAACGGAAGUAUCCGCAAAGAAGACGAGGAAAGGACAAGGAAGACGAGGAAAGGACAAGGAAGACGAGGAAAGGACAAGGAAGACGAGGAAAGGACAAGGAAGACGAGGAAAGGACAAGGAAGACGAGGAAAGGACAAGGAAGACGAGGAAAGGACAAGGAAGACGAGGAAAGGACAAGGAAGACGAGGAAAGGACAAGGAAGACGAGGAAAGGACAAGGAAGACGAGGAAAGGACAAGGAAGACGAGGAAAGGACAAGGAAGACGAGGAAAGGACAAGGAAGACGAGGAAAGGACAAGGAAGACGAGGAAAGGACAAGGAAGACGAGGAAAGGACAAGGAAGACGAGGAAAGGACAAGGAAGACGAGGAAAGGACAAGGAAGACGAGGAAAGGACAAGGAAGACGAGGAAAGGACAAGGAAGACGAGGAAAGGACAAGGAAGACGAGGAAAGGACAAGGAAGACGAGGAAAGGACAAGGAAGACGAGGAAAGGACAAGGAAGACGAGGAAAGGACAAGGAAGACGAGGAAAGGACAAGGAAGACGAGGAAAGGACAAGGAAGACGAGGAAAGGACAAGGAAGACGAGGAAAGGACAAGGAAGACGAGGAAAGGAUAAGGAAGACGAGGAAAGGAUAAGGAAGAUGAAGAAGGGUGAAACUUCAUGCGGGUAA